AUGGCGGACUGGUUGUCGCGUGUCGCGGUACGCAGCGCAGAUGAAGAGUGCGACGCAGAGAUCGAGGCAAUGGCUUUGAGCGGUAGAGUGAUAGGCCACGUGGGCCAACUGUUGGGGGUGUCGGAAGAGGACUUUAUGAGAGAGUACCGGCAGCUGGAGCCGCAAGGAGUGCCUGGAGUGAAGGGGGAUGGCAAGUGGUGGCAGCAGGCCAUGACUGGCAAGGUGUACGUCCCGGAGCGACUGAGCGAAA